AUAAUGUAUAUAUAUAUAUAGGAGUUUUCAAGGACAAUAAGGCACCUGCAUUCUUUACAAUGGCUAGACCAAUGUCCCAUUCUAAUUACUUAGCGGUUUGUGUAAUUGUAUUACUAUCUGUUAGUUUCAGAACAUUUGGUAGUCCAUCGGAGAAGACCGGUACUGCCUUCUUCAUCUUCGGAGACUCCACUGUGGAUCCCGGCAACAAUAACUACAUCGAAACGAUCCCCGAGAACAAAGCCAAUUACAAGCCUUAUGGGCAGAAUGGCUUCUUUGAAGAACCUACGGGACGCUUCUCCAAUGGCCGCAUCAUUGUAGAUUAUAUUGCUGAAUAUGCAAAGUUGUCGAUGAUUCCUCCAUUCUUACAACCAUCUGUUGAUUAUGUCAACGGCGUUAACUUUGCCUCCGGUGGGGCUGGCAUACUUUCCGAAACCAAUCAUGGUUUGGUCAUUGAUCUUAAGACACAAUUAAAGCACUUUGAUGAGGUGCAGAAGAACUUAUCAGAAAAGUUGGGAGAUACACAAGCAAAAGAACUUAUAUCAGAAGCAGUUUAUUUCUUCAGUAUGGGAAGUAAUGAUUACAUGGGUGGUUAUCUAGGUAACCCAAGAAUGCAGGAACUGCAUCUUCCAGAGGAAUAUGUGGGAAUGGUCAUUGGCAACUUGACACAAGCCAUUCAGGUUUUGUAUGAGAAAGGAGGUAGAAAAUUUGGUUUUCUAAGCUUGUCUCCUCUGGGUUGCUUACCAUCCCUUAGAGCCUUGAAUCCUAAAGCCGAUAAAGGUGGUUGUUUUGAAGAAGCUUGUGCUCUUGCAUUAGCACAUAAUAAUGCUCUGAAAGCUGUUCUCACAAGCCUUGAACAUCUAUUCAAGGGUUUCAAGUAUUGUAACUCAGACUUCUACAACUGGCUAUAUGACAGAAUGAAUCAUCCAUCCAAGUAUGGUUUCAGGGAAGGAGUGAAUGCUUGCUGUGGAGCAGGACCCUAUGGGGGCCUCUUCACCUGUGGAGGCACAAAGGUGGUCACUGAUUACCAGGUGUGUGAUAAUCCUGACGACCACGUAUGGUGGGAUUCUUUCCAUCCAACACAGAGGAUUCAUGAACAAUUUGCAAAGGCACUCUGGGACGGACCUCCUUUAUCCGUAGGACCAUACAACCUACAAGAUCUCUUCUUCAACAAGGAGAAGCUAAUCAUUGCUGAUUUAGUUGAUACUCCUGAUCUGGAGCAGAUUUUCUAAUGCAGUUCCUAAUAACUUGGGUUUGUUUCUUAAUGAGUAGGGUAGUUUCAGCAGGUACUCAUGUGAGGUGUGUACCAACAAUCAAUGUGGACUGCGAGUCUGUCAAAUGUCUUCUUCUAAAUUAAUAUGACGAUGUGUUCAAGGAAAAAGAGCUUCUGGUUGACAAAAAUGUUGAUGUUCAAAAGACCA